AGGCCUGCGCUCAGUUUCAAUGACGGGCGUGUUUAAUGUUAUCAAGAGCGUCAACCUACUUUUGCUGCUCAAGGACAAAUCUUCAGCUGUCCCCAAAGUGUCAUCCACAAACAAAGAGCAGUACGUACGCUGCCAUUAUCCAGCUCCUGUUUCUCCCCUGGCUGCAUGUCAUCAUCAUAAUCUUCAAUAGUGUCACAUGUCUGCUGCCUGCUAUGUAUAGAGUCUGUUCUCAGUGCUUUGCUGUGGACAAGAGGGGAUUCAGUGGCACAAGUUGGUAAGUGCUAAACCGGUGCAGAUAUGUUGCUUUUAGUCCGAACCAGACGGUGAGCAGAAGAUGAAGUGAAGCUCUGCAGCGGGGAGGUGAUGGAGUCCAGCAGCUGUAGGUCACCAUCAUCACACAAACUCAGGAUCAACAUUGAUGGAAAUUCUUUCUUUGUGGACAGAAGCACCCUGUCUGAAAACUGUGAGUACUUCCGAGCGUUGUUCCAGUCGGGGAUGAUCGAGUGCCAGAGAGAGGAGUUCCAGCUGCAGUGUGUUGGGGUUCUGGGCUUCUCCGUUCUGCUGCGCGUCCUAAAUGGGGAGCGGCCAAUUCUCAACAGUGACCAAAUAGUGGAAGCCAUCGAGUGCACGGCUUUUCUGCAAGUGCCGGCUCUCACCAAGCAUUUGAUCAAUAUUAUCAACUCUGAGAACUGUUUGCUUAUGUACCACACCGCCGCCACCUACGGUGUGUGGGAUCUGUCCCACAGGUCGGCCUUAUUCAUCAGAGACAUGUACACAGACCUGAGGGAGGACGUCUGCACUUUACCUAACAAACUGGUGGAAUACAUGAAGUCUUUGCUGCCCAGCAGCUACGUAGCAGUCUGCAGCCACUCUCCAUCCACGGACCAGCUGCCAGAUGUCCAGAGGACCGUCUGUUACCUGGAUGAAGAGCAGAGGGACUGGAGAGUCCUGACUCAUCUGCCCUCGACCAGCAGCACCACCAUGGCAGGUGUGGCGGUUCUUGAUAACAGACUCUACAUCGUUGGAGGCGUGCACGACAUGAGCAAAAAGGUCGUUGAGACAGGUUUCUGUUAUGAUCCUGACACAAACACAUGGUCAACCAUCACCGGACCUCAGCAACUCCGCUACAACCUCACCCUGAUCGGACACGACGGGUGCUUGUACGCUGUUGGAGGGGAGUACAACAUGGCGGCCAUGUCGUCUGUGGAGAGGUACUCUAACGGGAGCUGGAGUUUCGUUUCGGGGCUGCCGAUCCCUGCAGCAUCAGUGGCCUCUGCCGUAGCCAUGAACAGGAUGUUCAUCUGUCUGUGGAAGGGGAAAGGGGCCACAGAUAUUUUAGAAUAUCAGCCUGAACCUGACCAGUGGUGCCUGGUUACCACGCUGACCCGCCAUCAGAGUUACGGCCUUUUCAUGGUGGCUCAUAAUGACAAUCUGUACGUGAUGAGAAACGGACCAGGCACUGACUUCUUACUCUGUAUGAUUGACUGCUACAACUUGACCUCGGGACAGUGGACGGCCAUGUCUGGUCAGUAUGGGAACAGUAAAGGUUCUCUGCUGACCGCUGUGGUCAGAGGAGACUCGGUGUUCACUCUCAGCAGACAGGUGACCACAGAGUACACUGUGGACCUGAACAGAUGGAGACGAAAAUGUGAGAUGCAGGGAUUGGGCAGAAUUGGAUCCAUGUACACAUUCCUCAUGAGGCUCCCUAAAGCCCUGCUGGCUGUCAAAGGAAGUGGCUUAAGUUCAGCUAAGGACCAUAAUGUAAAGCAUCUCAGUAAAUGGUCAAAAUUAUCUCCACGGUGCUCACCAUAAACUUCUGUCUCUGUGAGGAUUUGAUAUUGUUGACUUAUAGAAACAAACCAAAUCUUACUGAAUCAACAACAUAAUUAUAAUGUAGCAGAAUCACAUGUGUCAAACCGUAUCUUUACUUGAAUAUAGCGAUAAAACGUUUGGGUAAAAGUCUGCUAACGCUGCACAUCCUGGAACAACUCCUUCCCCUGGUCUUUGCACAUGACUUGAGAUCCUGUUUGUUAACCUGAUAUUUGUAACAGUUGACGAUUCCCUUAAGCCUGACUUCAGCCCUAGUUGCAGCGUAAGAAAGACAACCCUAGAAAUGAUGCUACCACCUCUGAGCUUAACAGGCCAACAACCAAAGGUCAAAGGUCAACUUUGGUCUCGUCAAACUGAGAUACAUGAUGUGU